UGCAACAGCUGUUUUCUGAAUUUUCCUGAAAUAAAAACGAAACUUUUGAAAUUCUCUCUUACAAAAGUUAUAAAGCAAAUGUCAUUUCGUUUCUAAAUAAUACACCAAACCGAAUGAAUGCCGAUUCGCCCGACCAGCUGUUCCCUACCCAUAUCGAAAUCGGACGCUGUCAAAGAAACGUCAAAACAGUCUCGGGUCGGACGACAAGUGCAGAAAAAAUAAAAUGUGCAUAAAUAAUCGAAAAAUACAUUAAAUCAAGCGCCCAACAACUAAACAAGUGACCCGCAUAUAUGCACAACGGAUGAUCAGAUCUAGGAGCAAUGGUCGAUAAAGCAGAGCCGACCACCCCCGCACCCUCCCCAACGGAGGAAGGACUAGCCGACCUCGCGGCAUCUGUCGGCCCUGGAGCACCCGGCAACAACAACAGCAGCAGCUCCGCAGUCAGCACAAAUGCAAAGAUCCUGAUCAUUGGUGCAGGAAUGGCUGGCCUCUCGGCGGCCAAUCAUCUACUGCAAAACGGCUGUGACGAUUUCCUCAUAGUUGAGGCGCGUGGCCGGGUGGGUGGGCGCAUUGUGUCCAUACCGCUCAGCAAUAAUCAAAAGAUUGAGCUGGGCGCCAACUGGAUACACGGCGUUCUGGGUAAUCCCAUAUUUGAAUUGGCAAUGCAGCAUGGUCUAGUCAGCGUGGUUAAUGUACCAAAGCCCCACAAAGUGGUGGCCACCACCGAAGAUGGGCAUCAAGUUCCUUUCAGCAUACUGCAGGAGAUCUACGAGGCUUACGUGUGCUUUCUACGGCGUUGUGACGAGUAUUUCCUGUGCCAGUACAGCCCCCCGCCGGACAUACACAGCGUGGGCGAGCACAUCAACUACGAGAUCGAGAUCUUUCUGAGUUCGGUGCAGGACCCGAAGGAGAAGCGUCUCAAGCAAUCCAUAUUCAACUGCCUGCUGAAGCGAGAGACCUGCAUCACGGGCUGCAACAACAUGAACGAGGUGGAUCUCCUCGAGCUGGGCAGCUACACUGAGCUACAGGGCGGCAACAUAGUUCUGCCCUCUGGCUACAGCUCCAUACUACAGCCGCUGAGUGGACAGAUACCGCAGAAGUCCAUUUUGACCAAGUGCCCGGUGAAGAGGAUUCACUGGAAGCGAAAAAAGACAUUUACAGGCCUGGAAACCGUCGACGAACACUCGGAGAACGAGGAAUCGGAUGACUCGGAGAAGACCGUGACAGAAAUACCCACGGCUGGCGGUGCACUGCGAGGAGCCUCCGUCGAGUCGAACUCCAGCAGCAAUUGUGAUUAUGCCGAGGGCAAUGUGCGCGUGGACUGCGAGGACGGGCGCGUCUUUCAUGCCGCCCAUGUGAUAUGCACCAUACCGCUGGGCGUGCUCAAGCACACGCACAAGACCCUGUUCGAUCCGGAGCUGCCGCAGUUCAAGCAGGAGUCGAUUGAGAAUCUCAUGUUUGGGACUGUGGACAAGAUCUACUUGGAGUAUGAGCGGCCGUUCCUCAGUGCGGACAUAUCGGAGGUGAUGCUGCUGUGGGACGAUGACAAGCGGGACAUGCACACCACCACAGAGGAGGAGCUGGCCAGCGAGGCGUAUCUCAGCAAGAAUUGGUUCAAGAAAAUCUACUCCUUUGCCAAGAUGACCGACACGCUGCUGCUGGGUUGGGUCUCUGGGCGCGAGGCCGAGUAUAUGGAGACGCUCUCGCACGAGGCUGUGGCGGAGAAGUGCACUGAGAUCCUGAGAAGCUUCCUGCAAGAUCCGUAUGUCCCGAAGCCCAAGCGUUGCGUGUGUACUAGCUGGAAAUCGCAGGACUUUACUGGUGGGGCUUAUACCUCCAUACCAGUGGGCGCCACACAGGAGGACAUUGAGAACCUGGCCCAACCGCUGUAUGCAACGCCACAGGCCAUGAAGCCCGCCAUUGUGUUUGCUGGAGAGCACACGCAUUCCAGCUUCUACUCCACCGUGCACGGCGCCUACUUGAGUGGGCGUACAGCGGCGCAGGUUCUGCUGGCGAACGAUGAGCCCGAUGAGAUUAUUAUGGAGUCUGACGGCAGCGACCUCAGCGCCUGGAUUCAAGGCAUCGCUUUGGACUGAGCACAUCAUCAGACAACAAAUCGAUGUUGUAUUAUUAUAAUUUAUAUAUUUAUUUAUUUAUGUUACCGAGUAGCUUUUACAAUUAUUGAAUGCUUUUAGCUAGUGAUAUUCCA